UACAGCAAGCCUAUCAAGUUCCCGUGGUAUACAAAUACAAGCGUUCCAGUGACACCCUGAAUAAUAACCCCCACUAUAGGAUUCAACUUUCAGUGCACAGCUCUCAAAGCAGAAUAAACUUCUUCAUCAACGAAUCCACCCCUUGUGCUUCAAGAGUGCAAAUCUACAUUGAUCCACUAUCAGACAUCAUACAAGACUUAAAAAAUCUCAUCACAACAAAAGAUGAAAUCAUCAAAGAACUAGCCACCAUUUCUUCCUCCAACAACAUCAAACACAACUUUGUUGCAUUCACCGAUGGCUCAAUGACCUGCAUUAACAACCACCAAUACAUGG